UUGGUCCCUCCGUUGGACUGUCCUGCGGAGAGAAACCCCAGCCCAUCGGUCUGCGCUGGGACCGCCCGCCGCGCAUCUGCCCUUCUUCGCUGACUCCGCCCCGCAUCUGGCCAGACCCGCCUCGCGUCAGAGCUGACCCACUCACUGCGCGUUUGCCAGUCAGUCUCUCCGGACCUGCCUCGAGCCUCAGGCUGCUGAAAUCACCGCGCCUCACUCGCCUCGACAGUGAUUCUGAGUCUGCUUUUAGCUUCCUUUUGCCUGCCUUGGCUUUUUCUGUUCCUGAACAGCUGUUUGGCCCAUAGCUUAGAGAAAGCAGCCUUUUUUCUCUUCAAAGAGAACCUCCUCCCAGUGCUCAGAGAGAUGGGGAGCGGGGAGCCUAAUCCUGCUGGCAAGAAAAAGAAGUAUCUCAAGGCCGCUCUGUACGUGGGUGACUUGGACCCAGAUGUCACCGAGGACAUGCUCUAUAAGAAGUUCAGGCCUGCUGGCCCUCUGCGAUUCACCCGAAUCUGCCGUGAUCCGGUGACCCGCAGCCCCCUGGGCUAUGGCUAUGUUAACUUCCGCUUUCCCGCGGAUGCAGAGUGGGCCUUGAACACCAUGAAUUUUGAUUUGAUUAAUGGAAAGCCAUUCCGCCUUAUGUGGUCUCAGCCAGAUGACCGCUUAAGAAAGUCUGGAGUGGGAAAUAUAUUCAUCAAAAACCUGGACAAAUCCAUAGACAAUAGGGCCCUGUUUUACUUAUUUUCUGCUUUUGGGAACAUUCUGUCCUGCAAAGUCGUAUGUGAUGACAACGGCUCUAAGGGUUAUGCCUAUGUGCACUUUGACAGCCUGGCCGCUGCCAAUAGAGCCAUCUGGCACAUGAAUGGAGUGCGGCUCAACAACCGCCAGGUGUAUGUUGGCAGAUUCAAAUUCCCAGAAGAGCGGGCGGCUGAGGUCAGAACCAGGGAUAGAGCAACUUUCACCAAUGUUUUCGUUAAAAACAUUGGAGACGACAUAGAUGACGAAAAACUGAAGGAACUUUUCUGUGAAUAUGGGCCAACUGAGAGUGUUAAAGUAAUAAGAGAUGCCAGUGGGAAAUCUAAAGGCUUUGGAUUUGUGAGAUAUGAGACACACGAGGCUGCCCAAAAGGCUGUGCUAGACUUGCAUGGAAAGUCCAUCGAUGGAAAAGUCCUCUAUGUAGGGCGAGCACAGAAGAAAAUUGAACGCCUGGCUGAGUUGAGGCGGAGAUUUGAACGGCUGAGGUUAAAAGAAAAAAGUCGGCCCCCAGGGGUGCCUAUCUAUAUUAAGAACUUGGAUGAGACAAUCAAUGAUGAAAAACUGAAGGAGGAAUUUUCUUCCUUUGGAUCAAUUAGUCGGGCCAAAGUGAUGAUGGAAGUGGGGCAAGGCAAAGGAUUUGGUGUGGUCUGCUUUUCCUCUUUUGAAGAGGCUACCAAAGCAGUGGAUGAGAUGAAUGGCCGCGUAGUGGGCUCCAAGCCCCUGCACGUCACCCUGGGCCAGGCCAGGCGCAGGUGCUGAGAAUAAGAAUGCUCAGUUCGUUUCAGCCUUAGUUGGUGCCUCCUUAGUUUGGGCUCCUUUGUGAUAAGGGGUUAUUUUAUGCUAAUUCACAAGUUUCUUUUUUUUUUUAAAGUGAAUUCUUUCUUUUGAAAAAAAAAUGCAAAACUAGAAAACUGUUCAAUUUAGAAUGGAACAUAAUUUCUAAUUGUAAAAUUGUCGUUUUGUAUUUUUUUGAUGUAAUAUCCUUAGAAAUAUGUAGAAUAAAGUGUAUUCCUCCACUUUUUUUUUUCCUGAACAGUCAAGGUGAGGCAAUUGAUUGAGUAUAUUUCGCUUCUUAUUUCAAUAAUACUCUAUUAUUUUUCAUGAAAAUAUUGUCAACAUGGUUCUUCUGAAUCUAUCACAGUGAAAAGUUCUAACUUGCUUUUUGAGAAGUCAGUACAGCAGGGAAAAUCAUAUGUGAUCCAAUUAACAUCUGCAUAAUUUCACUUAAAAUUUUUAUGCAAAAUGAAUUUUUUUAACGUGAAAUUUAUUUUAUUUUCUUUAUUUAUUUGUAUUCUUGUUUCAUUUUUUAAUAUGUUGUGAACAUACUACAGACUUGAUAAUACUUUUGACUAAUUGUUGGGAGUGGUUGUAUUAACUUCUUGCCCAAAUAAGUAAGCAUAUUGGUGUUUUCUCAAUUAGUCACUUAGAAAAUUAACACUUAAGGCAGUGGCUAUUUAAAGUAAGAAUUGCAUCUUAAAAACCUUUCCUAAAGAUUUGGUAUUUGAGGAUACUUUCAGUACCACUCCUACCAUCCAUUUUUCUAAAUUCCUUAGUACAUGUACUUGGAUCAUGUUAAAUUAACAAGAAAAAUGAAUAACUGCACUGAAUUGCCUUUACCUAUAAAUAAUUUAAUCUUUUACCUUCAGCUUUUAUCAACUGUCAAUAUAAAAGGCAAAUAAUCCACAGAAUGAUGUUGAAAAACUUCUUGGAAGAACACCUUCUAUUAAACUUGUUAUCUCUUGUAAAUUAUUGAGUGUAUCCUUUUGAUAAUGUUCACAGAUGUUUCAAAGGUAAGGAAUAGGUUGUCUCUUGGAUUAAGUCAUAUGCCUCCAGCUAUUAUAUGAGAACUGUGAAACCAAUAUGGUUUUCUUUAUGUCUUGGCUGCUUGAAAAUUCAAAAAAAAAAAAAAAAGGUUUUGUUCAAUAUUGCAGUUACAUUAAUUAGCCUGUAAUUUCUAAAUUAGAGAUUCUCUACAUUUCACUUGUGGUUUCCUGUUCUCCUCAUUGCCGGCCUUCCAUUCAUAUUACACUUAUUUUUCUAUUUUUUGUAUUACCUUUUUAAAAAUAUAUACCUGUUCAAGUCCUUUUAGGAAGAAGAAAAUACCUAAUUUAUGUAAAAUUUAAUAAUUACUUUUUUAUAAUAUGAUUCACUUAUGCCACAGAUUUGACCAUUAGAAUAUGUUUUUGCCUCUACUGUCAGUUUUAUUACCUUAUAUACAAAUCUUCAUUUUCAUACAUAGUACAAUGUAAAUAAAUAAUUUUGUUAACACUUUUGUUAGCUCUUUGACCAUAAAAUAAUGACAAUAAGCUGUUUCUAUGUAUUUGUUUAUCUACAAAUUACAGGUUUAUUCGUUUUCAAAUAUUUUCAAAAUGGAAAUCACUGUUUUUAUUGAUUAUAAACGUAACACAUGCUCAUUGUAAAAAAUGUACACAGUGCAGAAGGAAGUAAAAUUUCCACAGUUCAGAAAUAACCACAAUGAACGUUUUCAAUGUGUAAAUAUCUUUUUGUAUUUUUUCCUAUGUAUACACAAACAUUUUGACCAAAAAUCCAUACUAUAUUUACUGUUCUGUAUUUUUAAUUUAAAACUGAACCAUAAUCAUCUUUUCAUGACAAUAAAUAUCCAUCUCUAUCAUCAUCUUAGUGACUGCAUAGUAUUCCCUUGUGUUAACAUAUUAUAAUUUAUCUAAACAGUUUGCUACUGAAUCUAAUUUGUGUGAUUUUUCACAUAUUUACAUGCGUAAACAAUGCCAUGAUGAACAUCACUUGCUUAAAACCGUUAUUAAUUCAUGACUGCAAAAAAAUUUAUAUAAUUUGCAAAAGCUUAAAUCUGAUGAAAAAAAUAUGUGCACAUCAUAUUGAUAUAUGUAUCAAAAUUUUGGAAUACUUUCAAGAUAUACUCUGCAUUUAGAUUGACAAAUGGAAAACUAAAAACAAAUCUUAUUUUUCAUUUUUCUGAGCCAAAUUGCUUUACACCAUUGUGAUUAUUAACGUAUAUCAAAACUCUGAAACUACAAAUAAAAUUUAAAAUGUU